AUGAGUUCGAGCCCAGCGCCGAUUCUGCUUUCAACGCCCGUUCCAGCGGCACCCAGUCACCUGCCCUCGACGCAAACCCGCGCAAUUCCCGUGCUGCCCCCGGUCGCCCAGCGUCGUGACUCGACGGACAAACGCCCAGGCCCCGGCAGUGCGCCAGAGUCUCCAAAAGAACCUGCUCGCAAUUACUCUCCACGCCCCGCCGGAUUGCCUCCGCUGAACUCCCAAGGCGGCAGUCUGGGUGCAACUAGAAUGGAGGGCGCUCUUGCCGCUGCUGCUGCCGCUGCUGCUACAAAAGCACAGACACAUGCACCACCAGCAUACCCGUCUUCGACCCGACCUGCUGGUCAAAGUCGGCCUCCGCCGCAAGCGCUGGCAUCGUACAACUACUCUGCACCCCUGCCAGACAUCCCGGUCGGCUACCAAGAGGUAGCAGACGACGAGCCGCCAGCCGUUCCGGCUCCUGACUACAACACUGGCAACGACGAUGACGACGAUGACGAUGAUGACAAUGGCGUCGCUUACGAAAACGACGAUGAUCUCGAUGUCCCUGACGAUUACUACGACAACGCCGAGGAUCCCAUCUAUGGCAACGCAGAAAUGCUCUCCCAAGAGAUACUGGCCAGGCUCAUGUCCGGCUCGCGCGCGCUGGAGGACGUGGUUCGCCAACGAGGCCGAUCCUGCUUGAAAUUUGAGCGGGUUUUGGGCGAGGGCCAGUUUGGUACAGUCAACCGUGCGAUCGUCACUGGAGCACCCGCGCUUCACCAGCACGUGGCGGUCAAGCAAUUGAAAGACAACGCCGAGGCAAAGCACAAGCAGGACUUUCUGUCAGAAGCAGAGCUCCUCAAGCCCCUCAAACACGACAACGUCAUUCGCGCAAUUGCUCUGUUCCCUCAGACCGCUGGAGCCCCAGCGUGCCUUGUCCUUGAAUAUCUCGAAUACGGCGAUUUGCGCAAUCUACUGCGCAAGUGCCUUGCUCUCACGGAUCGCGGUCGUGACCGUUUCAACCAGUCACGAAAGUCGGACUUUCCGGGACCCCUCAACCCGCUUGGCGAGGCACCGCUGUCGGCGAUCUGCGCCCUCAACUUCCCGCAUGACGUGAUGCCGUGGGUGCGCUUGACCGAGCCAGAGUUUCGCUUCAUUCUGUCGCAAGUGGCGGAGGGCAUGGCCUACUUGUCGAGCGUUCAUCGCUUGGUGCACCGCGAUCUGGCCACGCGCAAUUGCCUCGUAGGUCGUGGUUUGAACAUUAAGAUUGCCGACUUUGGCCUGUCGCGCGAGCUGGUGGAUGACAAGGAUUACUAUCGAGUGCAAUCCAAGGGCAAGCUGCCGAUUCGCACAAUGGCGAUCGAAUCCAUCUUUUAUCGCACGUGGACAACCGAGUCCGACAUCUGGUCGAUGGGUGUCUUGGCGUGGGAGGUCUUUACGUACGGUGACACGCCAUACAAAGCCGUGCCACUGGACCAACUGGUCACAUUCCUUGAAACUGGCAAACGCCUUGCUCGCCCUCCGGACUGUCCGAUGGAAAUCUUCGAGGUGCUCCAAGGCACAUGGAACGCCACCCCGUCGUCCCGCCCGUCAUUCGAAAAGAUUGCUGAGGUCUGCAAGCGCAAUCUCAAUGUUCGCGACGUUCGCGAUAUUGGCUCCAUUGUUAAGCAGCGCGAGCAGUCAUCCGGCGUCUGGCAGGGUUGA